AUGCAGAACAGGACAGAGAUGUUUGGAGCUCAGCUGCCUGGAUUUGCUGGGGUUCAGAGAGGCCCCCACAGGAGACGCACCACCUGCCUGGCAAAGGUCGCUAUGGUCCUCCAACAGGCUCCAGACAAGAUGCUCACUUUUACUGAGCUGAUGGACAAACUGGAGCCGAUCAUCUAUGAAAACCGAAAAGCUGCCGAGAACAACAUAAGAGUCUGUCUGACAACCUACAAAUGUUUUGUCAAGAUUCCACUGAUCCCAGAUUCACUCAACUGUAAGAGGAACUACUGGAAACUGGACCCCAAUCAGAUCACAGUGAAGAUGGUGCGCCGUCACUUCACAGGACUCCUGCAUGUCUUCCCUGAGCUCGCCUCCAAAAUGGAAAGGGAGAACAGGAACAGAGAAUGGGCCGUGCCCUCCACUGAGCCCACGGCCUGCAGAGGUGUUCAGAUCCGAUGCAAGGUGAAGUUCCGCAGCUCCUUCUCCAUUGAAUCGCUGCUGAAGUCCGACACUCAGACCUCCACGGCUCCUCCUCAGACCGGAGACACGGCUGGAGAGGAACGCCAGAGGAGGAGCGGAGCUGCAACCCAGAGGAGCUUCACCUGGGCCCUUCCACCACCUGAGCAACUGCUCCUCCCUCAGGCUUCAGCUGGAAGUUCCACCAUUUUCUCAGCAGGGGGCGACACACGACAUGUUUUCCCAGUGUGCACAAGAGCCUAUGCUGCCCCUUGUUUCAGCAGCCCACCCUGCAGCUACAUCACUUACCCUGUACCCGCAUUCUCCCAUCACGCUCCCUGUUUUUGGUUGUGA